AUGACCACUGGAGUAUGCUGAUAGAAAAUUUUCUAAGAUCGAAAGAGUACUGGAGCCUUGUGGAGACUGGUUAUGUUGAGCUGAAAAAAGAAGUAGUGUUAAUAGAGGCACAACAGAAAAGACUGGAUGAAGCAAAGCUGAAAGACCUAAAGGUGAAGAACUACUUAUUUCAAGCCAUAGAUUGAACUAUCCUGGAAACCAUUUUGCAGAAAGAUACAUCCAAAUAGAUUUGAGAUUCCAUGAAGAAGAAAUAUGAGGGUAAUGAAAGGGUGAAGCGGUCCAUUCUUCAAGCUUUUCGCAAAGAGUUUGAGAUUCUUGAGAUGAAACCAAGUGAGGGUGUUUCAGAUUAUUUUUCAAGGGUAAUGUUUGUUGCUAACAGAAUGAGAGUUCAUGGUGAGAAAAUGAAGGAUGUUAUAGUGGUAGAAAAAAUACUUCGAUCAUUAAGUGACAAAUUCAACUAUAUUGUCUACUCAAUUGAAGAAUCGAAGGACAUUGAUCGCUUAUCAAUUGAUGAAUUGCAAAGUUCACUAAUUGUUCAUGAGCAGAAGUUUCAUAGGCAUAAUGGAGAAAAGCAGGCUCUGAAAGUAAGCUAUGAAAAUGGACUAGGAACAAGAGGUCGUGGCCGUGGAGUGUUUAGAGGAAGAAGAGGAAGAGGCAGAGGUCGUCAACCUUUCAACAAAGCCACUAAUGUCGACGACCUGGUCUUCAGACUUGCAAAAAUCCACUUCUAUUUCGCCUCCCUUGACAAGAUCAUGAAUGUAGUGAAAUUUGAUGUCAAUGUGCUUGCUUCGCCCGUGAAACACUAG